UAUUACAUGCAUAUCGUUGGACAAAAUUCGUCCGGAUUUAUGAUCAAUUCGGCCAUAUUUUUCGCUUCGUUGACUAUCUUCACUUCGCACUCGUAGCCACUGUCGUUCUCUCACGUGAUCGGGGUCACAUUUGCGCCGCAAGGAUAUAUGGACUAGCACGGGGCUGGCUUUUAACGAACCCCAGUUUGAAAUUACGACCUUUACGUUCGGCAAACAAUUGAACUUCCGAGUAAACUAAACGUCGUCCGAAAGUAUCGAAAUUUUUGCGGUGCAAAGGCGUGGCGAGAGAAAGUCUCUCCAUCUUUUCUUUCAUCUUCGGUGAGUAGACGCGUGUUUAUGGUACACGUUUUGUUAAAACUUGUGAAUUCCGUGACAAGUUAGCCGCCGAAAGUGUCGCGAAUGGAGACCAACCACGAACAUCUGAAACUUCCGUUUUGUUCAAUUUACCGUUGCAGCUAAAAAUAAAGUUUGCAAACUGGAAUAAUAUUCUGCAUUUAAUUAACUGUAUUUAAUUAACAGAUAAGAACCUAUAGAUUAUGUUUUAAACGAAAUUAACAUUUUUGGCAUUCUCUAUUCUUAAAAUAAUUACGCAACUGAAUUUGAUUAUUAUGCAAUUAUAUUGUAUUAAUUUCGACAACUUGUUUGCGAUUCCUUGAAACUGUAGGUAGUUCAAGAAAAUAGCGAAGCUUUAAAAGAUAGGUGUAUCUCGACGCGGCAUAUAAAAGCAGUUUUACACAAAAAAAUGGAUAUAGAUAGUCAAGAGAAUCACAAUGAUCCUCAAUUUGUAAAAGUACUAGAAACCUGUUUGAAAAUGGAAAUUGACACGCUUAAGAAAAGUCUUGACGACAAUAUAAAGGAAAUAAAAGAACACAAAAGGAUAAUACAUAAUGAAAUUAAUAAAAGAAAACAGCUUAAGGAAAAAGUGACGCAGAUGAAUAAAGUCAAAUUGAUAUUAAGCGAGACUUUAACAAAAUUAUAUACAAGCAUUAGCGAAAGCUCGGACACUUUAGAACUUGUGAAAGCGAAUGCUGAUGACCAAUACAAACUAAUGCAAAUAAGAUCGCAAGAAUAUCAAGACAUUGUUGACGAAUACAAGAAAACAUGGCAGGAGUAUCGUGCUACAUAUGAAGAAUUUCCAUUGGCAAAAGUUAGAAAGGAGGCUCAGAUAAAGUUACAAAAACUUAAAGUCGAGUAUAUGAUUGUGGCAUAUAAGAAAAAAGAAACGCUAACAAUUAUUAAGCAAAGGCGAGAAAUCAGCUGGAUUUGCACGCGCAAUAAGAUAAUUGAAUUCGCCACCGUGAUGUUGGAACAUAUGAAAUUGCAGAAAGAACUUGCGAAUGUGAACGAGGACCUGAAUUAUCACAGAAAAGAAUUACAAUCGAUCGAAAAGGAGCUGCAAGCAUUACGCAAAAAAGAGGAGGAUCAAAAAAGACAGAGAAAACAGAAAAUGUUGGAAAUGCCACCACCGAAGAUCAAUAUACCGUAUCGAGAAAUGUACGCUCAAAACCAAAUGCGCGCGAAAGUGCAGCAUCAAUGGAAGCAGGUUCACGAGUCUCUUGAUGGUGAAAAUUCAUUUUAUACCUUACAGCUUCUAGAUAGGACAAGGACCUUUACUCACGGACAUGCAUAUGCAUAUUAUAUAUUAUAGUCAUUUCAGAUACCAUGUCCGUCAAUACUUUGUUCCUAGAAGAAUUAUGCAUAAAUGAGAAU